AUGUUCCGACCUACGCAGAGCACACUCUUCCGUGCAUCGCUGCGUCAGCUGGCGUCAGCGUCCAAUCAGCCCAUCCCACCUGGAUCCGAGAUCAACGCCGUAAAACGCACCGCCGCGACCAUUCUCCCGCCUGUCAAGCUGUACAGGCGCAUCAUCCGUGCCCACAGGAAGCUUGAUGCAGACAUGCGCGCAGUCGGCGACAACUACGUCAAGGACGAGUUUCGCAGACACAAGGGCAUUGACAACCCGCUUCAGAUCAUCGGCUUCCUCAGUUCGUGGAAGAUGUAUCUCGAUCAGCUCGAGGUGCAGCAGGGCCAACCUGGCGGAUUCAGAGGCGAACGUCUAGAUGCACAGCUGCUGGAAAAGAUGUCGGACGAGCAGAUUUACCAGAUUCACGAGCUCAUGACGGCCACCCAGGAGGCGUACUCGGAUAAGGCCCAGUCUCACCCUCCAAAUCAGCAGAGGGAGAUGGCCGAGAAAGCCGCUGCCGAAGCUGGCAUGUCGGUCAAGAAGAACGACUGA